AUGGCACCGCGCACAUUUGGUGCGACAAAGUUUCGCAAUGCCGUCCCCGCUAUCCCGGCACGCGAUGAAUGGUAUCGCACUCACCUCCCGCCGUCCUCGGCAGCGCCUCCCAACACGACAGCGUACAGCGGCCUGGUGAAGACUACUCGAGAGGCAAUCAUUACUCUUGCACCGAGUGGCGAUGCGAGCGUGCGCUCGUACUCUGCGAUCGGCGAGUCCGAGGGGCAGGUCUGGGCCGGCAAGUUUGGCGCUGUCGCAGACUGGGACGCCUCGCGCCUCGAGGAUGGCGGAAUGGUGAUCGCUGGGAAUGACGGCACUGCAACUUACUACGCAGUGACUGACAAGCUGGAGGCGCGCCAUAGCUUCACACUCGGAGGCAAGGCGAGCAGCAUCCGGCUGCACCCUACUACCGCAGGCCUCGCGCUCGCGGCCACCAACGUCGUGGCAGUCUACGACGUGGCUGCCUCGAGCGCCGCGCUGACGCUCGACGCCCCCGCGCCCCUCUGGUCGGCAUCUUGGUCUCCCGAUGGCCGCCUAGUGGGCGGCGUGAGCAAGAAAGGCCACGCAUAUGUCUGGGACGCGCGCGCCGGCUCCGCCCCGACGCAGACCCGCGAUCUGUCCUCUCUCUUGCAGGCCUUGAAGCCGGUUCAUGCGGCGUACGUUGGCCCAGACCUCUUCGUGACAUCCUUCUCGCGCUCCCGCACCCGCCAGUACUCCCUUCUCAGCGCCGACCUCUCGACGGCCUUCACCGCUGCGGUCGACACCUCGCAGGGCCCCCUCGUCCCAUUAGUUGACGAGGAGCGGCGCAUCGUUUACGCCUCGGGGCGCGGGGACAUGACGCUGCGUCAAAUUGAGCUCUCUGGACCACAGGGAUACCAAGAGAUGCCACACCACUUGCCCGCGCCGCUGACGGCAGGCGGCGCGGCCGCCGCGCACUGGUCCACCCUGCCAGUGAUGGAAGCGCAGAUCGCCACCUUGCUCCUCCCCACGACGGACAAGGGCGGAGACACGCUCCUCCCUCUCGGCAUCAAGGUGCCGCGGCGCCACCUGAUUGACUACCAUGCGGAUCUAUUCCCUGAUGUGGCAGGCAGCGUGCCGGAACAGAGUGCGAGCGAGUGGCUUAAGGGUAGCGACAAGGCGCCGAUUCACGCGAACGUUGACCCCGAGCGCCGCGGGGCGUGGGAGAAGUCUGUGGAGGACGGCAAGGCGAAAUGGGCGGCGGCGAUGCCUGGUGGAGUGGCGGCAGGUACUGCCGCGAAUGCAACGGCUGCUACUGCGCUGCCUGCCGCUACAGCUUCAGCACCGCCAUCAAUCCCCACUCCCACUCCCGUCCCAGCUCCUGCCGCUCGUCCAGCAUCGUCCUCCAAGCAACCACGCAAAUUCGUCACCCCCGUCCCCGGCCUUCCGCCUCUCGAGGUCGACGAGGACUAUACCUCGACCUCGUACAAGGUCAGGAUCAUCAGCGACAAGCUCGCCGCGCUGCACAAGCGCCACUCGGGCCCCGGGCCGCUGAUGGUCGGCCUCCAGGGCCCGCAGGGGUGCGGGAAGACGACGCUGUGCGACUCCCUCGUCUCGUCCUUGGAGGGCAAGGGGCUCAGCGUCGCCGUGCUCUCGCUCGACGAUCUCUACCGUACGCACGCGGGGCUAAAGCAGCUAGCUGCUGAGCGCCCAAACAACGCGCUGCUCACGGGCCGUGGGCCGCCCGGCACACAUGACGUGGAGCUGGCGACGCGCGUGCUCAAGGAGGUGCAGGACAUCAACCCGCGGGGGCACGUCGACCUGCCGGUAUUCGACAAGUCGUUGUGUGGCGGGGAGGGCGACCGCUCGCCGAGCACUGUCGGCGUCGAUGGCCCGCUGGACAUCUUCGUCCUGGAAGGUUGGAGCUUCGGCUUCGGCCCGCUCUCCUCUUCCGAGCUCGACGCGCGUCUCGCCGCCAAGGACGGGAAGUACUUCCCGAAGUACGGGUCGCAGGAGCUGCACGAGCUGAACACGUAUCUCGCCGCCUUCGCCGAGGCCGUGUACCCCUUCUUUAGCGCGGUCGUGCAAAUCGAGCCGGACAGCUACGAGCAUGUGUUCCGGUGGCGGCUGCAGCAGGAGCACGAGAUGAAGGACGAAAAGGGUGAGGGAAUGAGCGACGAGGCAGUACAUGCUUUCGUGGAGCGGUAUAUGCCGUCAUACGAGCUGUGGGCCGGCGGGGUGCUGGACGCCGGCGCACCUUGGGCCGGCAACGUCCUCCGGCUGCGGUAUGGCAAGGACCGCGAGGUUACUGGCGUGGAGGAGCCGCAGACACAGGAGGAGGAGAAGAAGGCGACGCCGGCUGCAACGACGACGGCGCCGCUGCUUGCCCCCAGGUCGCCCUCGCCGCCUCCCAAGAAGGCGCCAUCUCCUCCCGUCCCAACCGCCUCUCCCAAGGCCUCCCUCACUGCCAACACUCUCGCGACCAAAGCCGCCUCUCCUGCCCCGGCGACUACCUCCCCCGACUCAGCAGCUCACAAAUCAUACAACCCCGGCUGGUCACGCAAGUAUCUUGCCGGCAAGACGCCCCUCAUCCCAACCUACGACCAGAUUCCUUCCGUCGCCACGUUGCACCAGGACAGCCAAAUCCUGCGUCUGUCCCCACACCUCGCCUUCUUCCCCGUACAAGGCCCCGGCGGACGACUCCUCGUACAUCCCCUCUCGAAGAAGGGGCGCCUGCCGUUCGGCGGCGUCGGCUUCGUGGCCGGCGGCGUAGCGCUGGCCGACUUUGCAGCCGACCCGUUCACUGACCGUGUAGUCUGCGCCGGCGAGGAUGGUGUCCUGCGCGUGUGGGACCUGCCUGCCGACGGCGUCGAGGGCGCCGGUCCCGAGCCGACCGUCGUUCGCGGGAGCGGCGUUGAGCGGAUCGCACAUGUCGCAUUCCACCCCACCGCACGCGACCUGCUGGUCGUCGCGAGCAACGAGCACGGCGCUUCGCAUCUCCGUUUCUUCGACUUGACCACGGGAAGCGAGAGCAAGGUCGUCGACCUGCCGGCCGCCGUGACGGGCUUUGCUACCUCCGACGACGGGCAGCGCGUCGCCCUGUCGACGAAGGACGGGCGGAUCCUGGUAUGGGACCGCGACAGGGCUUUUGUGGAGGGCCAGGCGCACGACUCGGCGCGCGCCGCGCAGCUCGCGUGGGCGGGCGAGCACCUGAUCUCGCUCGGCUUCGGGCGCGGCUCCAUGCGCCAGCUGCACGUGUAUGCCAUCCACGAGAAAGUCGAGCGCAUCGCAGCGCUCUCGCUCGACGUCUCCCCCUCCGUCCUGUUCCCGGUGUACGACGAGGACACGCACAUCCUCUACGCGUGGGGCAAGGGGCAGCAGAACAUCCUCGCGUUCCAGAUCGACCCGCUCGGCAAGGAGGUGGUGGAGAAGCUGCCGAGCUUUACCGCCGGCGCGCCGCAGCUCGCCGUCGCGUUCCUCCCCAAGACCGCGCUCGACGUGCGCAAAGUCGAGGUUGCAAAGUGUCUGCGGCUGACGGCGCGCUCCGUCGAAGAAGUCACGUUCUCGGUGCCCCGCAACCGCCCCCAGUUCUUCCAGGACGACAUCUACGUGCCGACGCGCGACGGCGCGCCGGCCACGACGGCACGCGAGUGGCUCGCGGGCGCGGCGGGCCGGCCGCGCUACGUCAGCCUGCGGCCGCAGGGCAUGGAGCUCCUCUCCACCGCGCCGGCGCAGCAGGCCGCGCAGAAGAAGUUUGUGCCUGCCGCCGCGGUGAUGAGUGAAGAACAGCGCAAGCAGAAGGCGAUGGACGACCUCUUCGCGCGUGCCAAAGGCGACUCGGACUCGGACUCGGACGACGAGCCUCAGCGGCGCGGCGGCAUCCCGCCGCCCGACGACGACUGGUAG